AUGGCUGUGAACGAACAAACAAUGGAGAAGGAGAAGGAGGAUAAUCAGCAAAACCAGAGUGUCAGCGAGUCCGAGAACGAAAACCAAGAAGACGACGACAGCGGCCCGCGGAUCAGCAACGAGAGCACCGAGGAGGAAGAGCGCCAGACUCAGCAGCUCGCGCCGCCCACCAAGGCGGCAACCAGGAAGCGCAAGCGACCUCGCAAUGACCCCUGGGAUGACGAGGACAGGCAAAACCAGAUGGUUGCGCGGCAGCAACGGCAGCAGCAGCAGGUGCCCCAGCCCAUGCCCCAACAACAAAUGAUGGCUCCGCCGAGGGACGAAAAGAAGAACCCGCUGAAGCUGCGUCUGGAUCUGAACUUGGACGUCGAGAUUGAACUGCGUGCCAAGAUCCACGGUGACGUCACCCUCGCCUUGCUGUAA